GAUGCUGAGAAUGUUUCUGAUGGUUUAUUUUUCAUUUUAUUCUUUUCAGGGUUAUGACUUUUUACAAUUUUCGUAAGUAAAAUAUUUCUACUCAAAUGUAUUUUUUAUCAUUCCUCAUCUUUGCUUAGUUAUAUUUUUUUCUCAGGAAGAUGUCUACACUCUGUUCACCCGACAACCAUUGGGACAAUACGAUGGGAAUUUGCAGAGAAUGUAGUCCUGGAUUUUACGGGAAGAAUUGCUCUAGGCCUUGCAGAUAUCCCAACUAUGGGCUUUCUUGUCAGAACAAUUGCCAAUGCAGUAAAGAAUUAUGUAGCAAUGUAUUGGGAUGUCACAGUGAUAAUAUCAAAGCAUUGAAUAUAGUUAGAAAGUUUAUAACACAAGAAUGUCCUGUUGGUUUUUAUGGACCCAAUUGUUCAAAACCAUGUCGGUUUCCAAAUUAUGGUUUAGGAUGUCAAAGAAUGUGCAGAUGCAAUGAAUCAGACUGCAACAAUAUAAUAGGAUGCACCGUUGGAAUGGAUACAACUGUAGUUACAGAGUCUUACGAAUUAGGGAACCAUUUUGAAAAUUCCUCGAUGGUGGUGAGAACUGUGAUAUUAGCAUCAACAAUAACCGGUGCUUUGGUCAUCAUACUUUCAAUUAUAAUUGUAACUGUUUUAAUAAGAAGACGAUUUAGACGAGUUUUUACUACUGAAAACCGUGAUAACAUACAUUAUAUUUGAUGUUUUAACGAUGCUAGAAGUUGAUUCUAAUGUUCUUAAUGUGAGCCUAGGUAAAAUGUAAACUGUGUUAUAUUUUUUUAAUCGGAUCGAUUGUAUUAUAAAUGACUAGUGGACUUCUGGUACAUUUUGGGAACAAAUGCUUGAAAUUUUUUUUUUUAUGCUAUGAUGCUGAA